AUGGCGGCAAGAGGGUUGGACAUGCUCACCAAGUUCGCCAUCCCGGCAACUGUUGGUGUGGCUCUUCUCCAGAACUCCAUCUACGACGUCAAGGGUGGUUCGCGGGCGGUUAUCUUCGACAGAGUUGCCGGUGUGAAGGAGACCGUCGUCAACGAGGGCACACACUUCCUGAUCCCAUGGCUGCAGAAGGCCAUCGUCUUCGAUGUUCGCACCAAGCCUCGCAUCAUCCCUACCACCACCGGCUCCAAGGAUUUGCAGAUGGUCAGCUUGACCCUCAGAGUCCUGCACCGUCCUGAGGUGCAAGCUCUGCCCAAGAUUUACCAGAACCUCGGCCAAGAUUACGACGAGCGUGUCCUCCCCUCUAUCGGCAACGAAGUCCUCAAGUCCAUCGUCGCCCAGUUCGACGCCGCCGAGCUCAUCACCCAGCGCGAGGCCGUCUCGCAGCGCAUCCGCGCCGACCUGGUCAAGCGCGCCGCCGAGUUCAAUAUUGCGCUCGAGGACGUUUCCAUCACCCACAUGACCUUCGGCAAGGAGUUCACCAAGGCCGUCGAGCAGAAGCAGAUUGCGCAGCAGGAUGCCGAGCGUGCGCGCUUCAUCGUCGAGCGCGCCGAGCAGGAGCGCCAGGCCAACGUCAUCCGCGCCGAGGGUGAGGCCGAGAGUGCAGAGACCAUCAGCAAGGCUAUUGCCAAGGCUGGCGAUGGCUUGAUCCAGAUCAGAAAGAUUGAGGCUUCCAGGGAGAUCGCGCAGGUUCUGGCUUCCAACCCCAACGUGGCGUACCUGCCCGGUGGUGGCAAGGGGACGAACCUGUUGAUGAACGUUGGCAGGCCAUAA